GUCAUACUUAGAAUCAUUGUAACUCUGUUCGCAACAGCUACGCGAGAGCCCACUAUAAAACCAGGCGCAUCCUCGAAUACCCGAAGAAGACGUAACCAAUUGGUCGAACUCAGAAGUGAAUCGGAGAAGAAAACGAUGAGCACCGGAGGAAACAGCGGAGCGACGGCGACGAACAAGCAGGUCAUAUUGAGAGACUACGUGACCGGUUUCCCUAAGGAAUCCGAUUUUGAUUUCACCACCACCACCGUCGAACUUAGGGUUCCGGAGGGGUCUAAUUCGGUUCUGGUGAAAAAUCUCUAUUUGUCCUGCGAUCCUUACAUGCGGUCUCGCAUGGGGAAGCCUGCAGAUUCUGCUCUUGCUCAAGCUUUCACCGUCGGCCAGCCAAUCUUAGGGUAUGGAGUGUCUAGAGUGAUAGAAUCUGGGCAUCCAGAUUACAAAAAAGGCGACUUGCUCUGGGGAAUAGUUGGAUGGGAGGAGUACAGUGUUAUUACUCCAAUUCCUGACAUGCAUUUCAAGAUCCAUCAUACCGAUGUUCCACUAUCCUACUACACAGGACUUCUCGGUAUGCCGGGUAUGACCGCCUAUGCUGGAUUUUAUGAAAUCUGUUCCCCAAAGAAAGGAGAGACUGUUUAUGUGUCGGCUGCAUCUGGUGCAGUUGGUCAGCUUGUGGGACAAUUUGCCAAGAUGAUGGGCUGUUAUGUUGUUGGAAGCGCCGGAAGUAAAGAAAAGGUUGAUCUCCUCAAGACCAAGUUUGGGUUUGAUGAUGCAUUUAACUACAAGGAGGAACAAGACCUUAGUGCUGCCCUGAAAAGGUGUUUUCCCAAAGGCAUCGACAUAUACUUUGAGAACGUAGGAGGCAAAAUGCUAGACGCAGUGCUUUUAAACAUGAACAUGCACGGACGUAUCGCUGUCUGUGGAAUGAUCUCUCAGUACAAUCUUGAGGACCAGGAAGGUGUACACAAUCUAUCCACCAUAAUCUACAAACGAAUCCGCAUUCAAGGCUUUGUAGUCUAUGAUCACUACGACAAAUACUCAAAGUUCUUGGAGUUUGUGCUUCCGUGCAUUAAAGAAGGCAAGAUAGCGUACGUGGAAGAUGUAGCUGAAGGACUCGAGAAAGGUCCUGAAGCUCUUGUGGGACUCUUCCAUGGUAAGAACGUUGGGAAACAAGUUGUAGUUGUCGCUCGUGAGUGAAAGAAAGUUUAAUAAUGUUGGAUGAUUAAUGAUGUUGUGUUCCUAGUAGUUUGAUUUGUUUAUCCAUACAAAGACAACUUCUCUUCUUUUUUACUUUUUUUGUAAGAAUAAAACCACAUUGUAUGUACGAUUGGUUGAACCGAACGAAUAAUACUAAUCGAAUUGGUAUGAUAUAGUUUUGUUUCGAA